GCUGCACCACUCGGCUCCUGGCUGUGCGGCUGGCGAGAGCUCUUCAGGCCUUUCGGAGUGGGCGUGUGGAGCUGUUCUGAGUGGGACGAAGUUCUCAGCAAUGGCGAUGCCACUGGCAAUGCUGCUUGACUGGUGCAGGUGGAUGGGUGUGAACGCGCACCGUUCCCUGCUCAUCCUGGGCAUCCCUGAUGACUGCGGGGACCAGGAAUUCCAGGAGGCCGUGCACGCUGCCCUGUGGCCUCUGGGCAGGUACCGACUGCUGGGCAAAGUGUUCAGAAAGGAGCUUGGAUGCAAGGUCGCCUUGGUCGAGUUUGCUCAGUAUUUAAACCGAAGUUUGAUCCCUCGACAGAUACCAGGCGAAGGAGGACCCUGGCCUGUGGUCUUUCUGCCCCAGGCCCCUGAUUCAGAGUCACAGGAUAGACCAGAUUUCCCUGCACAGCCCCAGAGUCAAGCAGCAGCUUGCCAGGCAAGUGGCGUAGGAGCUGCAGGCGGGGCAGGAGCUGCAGAGGAGGAAGCUGCGAGUGAGGCAGGAGCUGCAGGGGAGGCAGGAGCUAAAGAUGGAGGAGAGUCAGAUGAUGAAGAAGCUGCAGGGGAGGCAGGAGCUGCAGAUGAGGAAGAAGCUGUGAGUGAGGCAGGAGCUGCAGGGGAGGCAGGAGCUGAAGAUGGAGGAGAGUCAGAUGAAGAAGCUGCAGGGGAGGCAGGAGCUGCAGAUGAGGAAGAAGCUGUGAGUGAGGUGGGAGCUGCAGGGGAGGCAGGAGCUGAAGAUGGAGGAGAGUCAGAUGAGGUGGGAGCUGCACGGGAGUCAGGAGCAGACGAUGAAGGAGGAGUGUCCCAUGAGGGAGCCGCAGGUGCAGCAGCAGCAGCUGGGGGUGUGGCAGAAGUAGCAGGUGAGGAAGGAGCUGCCGGUGUGGCAGGAGUGGCAGGAGCUGCACGGGAGGCAGGAGCCCAAGAUGAAGGGGGGGUGUCUGAUGAGGAGGGAGCGGCAGGUGACACAGGAAUUGCCGGCAUGGCAGGAUCUGUGAGCAUGGCGGGAGCUGCCGGGGAGGCAGGCACUGCCAGGGAGGAAGGAGCUGUGGGGGUUUCAGGAGCCAUAGAUGCGGGAGGAUCUUGGACCCAGCAGUGGAAUCAGGCCCAGCAGCUUGUGCUGGAAAAUAUAGCCUUUGGGGAAUUGAGAGCCUUUUCUGGGUUGGAAGAGGCAGCCCAAGAGCAAGAGUCCUUUGAGAGUUGGCUGGACCAUGCCAACGACAUGCUGUACACGUGGCGCUACGUGUCCGAAAGGGAGAGGAGGCGGCGGCUGCUGGAAAGCUUGGGUGGCCCCGCACUGGAGCUCCUGGGCAGCCUCCUGGCAGAAAAUCCUGACAUGCCCUCGCAGGAUUGCCUGGCUGCGCUGGUACAGGUGUUUGGGGACAAGGACUCCUGCGAGACCGCCCGGCUCAAGUUCCUGACUUGUGCUCAGCGGCCUCAGGAGACUUUGUUUGCCUAUGUGAUGCGUCUGGAGGGCCUGCUGCAGUCGGCUGUGGAGAAGGGGGCCUUUCACCCUGUCGUCGCAGACCAGGUUCGCGCCAGGCAGGUGCUAAUGCGGGCCCGGCCGAGCGAGCUGCUCCAGAACAAGCUGAGGAGGAUGCGACUGGAAAGGAGACCACCUGGCUUCCUGGGGAUGUUGCGGCUGAUUCGGGAGACUGAAGCAUGGGAGGCCAUCCCAGUUAGCGGUGAGCAGUUCCAACCGGAAGUAGGGGCCUGUGCGGACAGUGGAGGCCUGGCUGCCGCCCAGGCUGCCCCUGCCUGUGAGGAGGCCAGUGAGGCAGUUCCUGGCACUGUGGAAGCUGAUAGGGCUGCCCCUGCCCCCCAGGAGAGCUCCAAGAUCUUCCCUGCCACUCACGAAGAUAAAAAUGCUCCCAUCUCUGUGGGCCUAGGUCAGGCAAGACCCUCAGAGGCCCCUGGGGGUCCCAUUCCUGCCCAGAUGGGCCGAGUUCCCAGGGUGGGCCCAGGGGUUCCUGGCUAUGAGCCAGAGGACCUAGCCCAGGCCGGAGAUCAGGAGGCCAGAGGGCCCCCUGAGGAGGGGCUGGAGCCCAUCCCAGAGGAGUCGGGAAAUGAGGAUGGGGCUGGGGAGACGAUCCCCCCCAAGUCCUCCUCAGGCAAAUAGGCUCAGAAGGCCCAGGGGCCCCCUCUCCUCUCAGGCAGCAGAGCUCUGGAGGCAGGGGGAGGCCAUGCCGGGGCAGCAGCCUCACCCCAUGUGGGGGGGCAGGGCUGAGGGAGCAGCCCACUCAGCCCAAACAAAUUCCUAGGACCCCAUCUCCCCAAGGCACCCUAGCCACCACCAUGAGCCCUUCCAAGUGACCAGGAUGACCACAUUUGACACCACAUGGGGCGGGGAAAUGUGCCCCCCCCAACCCAUGGCAGCACCAUACCUGGCCCCAGCCCCAGUCCCAAUCCAUGCCAACUCAGGCAGCCAGUCUGGGAAGCACCCCUGAGUGGCUGAUCCUAGCCUAGGUGAGGGGCACCCAGAGCCAUCUGCCACCUACACUGGACUGGGAGAUGUUAGGAACCGCCUCAAGGGUGCCAGCCUCUUGGGUCGCCCAAGAGGGAGACCCUCAUGUACAUCCCCCAGGGCACGUCGCUCCAUGUUCUGGGAAACCCGCUUGUGUCUCUGUAGGGCCCUUAUGACCCACGUGUCACGUUACUCCCCCACCCCACUAGGUCCCGUUCCUGUGCAGAGCCUUGAGGUGUGCAGGAGCCCGCGGUGGGUGUCCUGGCCCACCGGGGCAGCCACCCCCCGCCCGGGGGCCUGCCGUGAGCUUCGGUGGUGACCGGGG